GUUCUUUGGUGACCGCAGUUGAAUAUAAUGAAACCAAUGAGGGUUACGCUCAAAACUUGGUGCCCAUUUGUCCCGGUGUAGAAAAGCCCGCUGAUAUCAAACCAAAAAAUUUAGGUAAAAUAAAAAUCGCAGUUUUCGAUGGUGGUCCGAUUUUAUUGUCCAAGUGGACCUCUUACAACUACCGCAACAUACAAGCCCUGGUCAAGGACCCUAACAUGGACCUCAGACGAAAGACGAUUGUGUAUUGUCCUGGAUAUUUAGAAUAUACUGCGUUCCCUGUUGGAAGGGUGUUGAUGAUGCAGUAUAAGCGUUUGGGGUACAACAUGCUAAUUUUGGAAUAUGUACACUUCACCGCAAACAUAUUCCCCAUCGUGGCACGCUUGAUGCGUCCUGUCGGCAAGCACGUCGCCGAAUUGCUAGCCAACCUGACUACGGUCGGUCUCGAACCGAACAAGCUGGAGCUGGUUGGCCUCAGCCUUGGUGGCGUGUCCAUGGCCUUUGUAGCCAAGAACUUCCAGCAAAUUACUGGUAAAAACAUCUCAAAGCUCACCGCUCUCGACCCUACUGGACCCUGCAUCAGACACCUUGGACCAGAGGAUAGGUUAGACCCCUCCGAUGCAGAUUUUGUCCUACAUGUUGCAACGAACGUCGGAGGACAUGGCAUAGGCACUCCGGUCGGACACGUAUCAGUCUAUGUAAACGGAGGGGAGUACCAGCCUGGCGCCCUUCCGUCGUAUUUAUGCGACAACUUAUGCAGUCACUUGCAAGCGUUUUUGAUAUGGAUAUCGGUCAUGGAAAAUCCUGGCAAAUUCGUCAUGAUGCUAUGUGAUUCUCAACAGCAGGCGAGAGACCACAACUGUUUUGAGAGGAAGCCAAUGGUAACGAACACUCUGGAUCUAUAUACGGAUGGAAAUAAGCCGGGUAUUUAUUACUUGGCAACGAGUCCUAAAUACCCGUAUUAUUUGGGUAAGAAAGGCUUGAAAAGAAGCGGCGCGGUUAUUUUGAACCACAUAAGUGAUCUUAAUGCUGUUGAUGUACUGCGGGUCUGAAGAU